AUGGUUGUUGUUGAUGUUAUUGUAUCAUUUUUAAUAUCUAAACAUUUUGCUAUCCGAUGUCAUCGCAUAAUUGAUAAAAAUGUGUGGCAUGCAGUGACCACUUCAAUUUUUCUAUUCUGGAGUUGCGUCACAACUCACUUCACAUUGGGGACACGACAAUAUCAAAUGUUCGAGCAAAGUUUGCUUCAGACAAAUGACUUUUUCUCAGAUGAAACAAAAAGAACUGAUUGCUCAUUUCCCUAG